GUCAAGUUUGAGUUACUCACACAAAGAAAACUUUCUAAAGCCGUUUGACUUCUGUGCCACUCACCUUGGAGGAUGAAGGUAAACUUGCUAUGUAUCUUCAUAACCAUCAACUGGGCAUUAAUAUUUGCCGAUUCACUAGCUGUUCCACCAAAUGAUGAAAAGUCAGCCGAGAAGAAAACACCAGCUCUACCAGAUGACAAAGCUGUACCUGCUGCUCAUAAUCAGCUCAAUGUAGACCUUUCGAAAAUCACAACUCCUGAAAAGGAAGCAGCGGAGGUGAAGGAGGAGGAGGAAGCAGCCAUGUAUGAUGUUCGUCAGGCUCUAUUUUCCGACUAUGAGAAUCUCAAAUGGGUAGACUGGACAGGCUCUGUUCCUAGUGGUGCAGUUUUCAUAAACAAUCAGUUUACAGGGCGCACUGAAUAUAUUUGUUCUGUCUCAAAUUGUGCUACAGGGUUCUACGCCUACAACAAAGGUUCUUUUUGCUACUAUACUAAUGCUGGCAAAGAAUUUCGUACAGCCACCUUUAAAAUUCUUGUAAAUGAGCAGAAUUUUGAGUUUUUAGAGUGGCAAAGGUAUAGUCAAGGCUCAGUAUCUUCCUAUGCUGUUCAGAGGUGCCAAGGAAUUUAUGUAGGGAAAAAUGAAUAUGGGUUAGGUAAAGUUACUAAUGGUCUUCUUUCUGUACCUUACAAUGGGAAUGAAUACCUUUAUGACACCUAUGAGAUCCUUCGCUUGUAUCCAGACUACCAUUCACAAACAGUAACCAGUUUGUCAUACAAUACUCACAAGAUAAGCCAUGAUGGGGAUUAUAAUGUUAUUUUAGCCUCAAGAAUGGUGAUUAACAGAGGUUGCAAUACAUUGUCCACAACUGUUAGUCUGAGUGAAAGCACACAGGUCUCCAAGUACUGGGACAUUGGACGCUCAACAAAGAGUGGGGUAAUAACAACUCUCUCUGGUAAUAUGCCAGAGUUCUCAGGAGGCUUAAUCAGCUACUCUAAUGUGCCAAAUUUUGAAUGGCAAGAAGGAUAUCCAUACAUACAAUCUAGGACACACUCAUUUAGUCUGCAGCUAACUGCAAAACCAAAUCACGAGUGUGAGGUUGUGUUAGAGGGAAGAAAUGUACAUUUGAAUAUGCCAUUGACAGGUACUCUGUCCCGCACCUAUAACAAUGGCCAAAGACGCACAACCAACUUCCAAGGCACAUUUUAUAAUUUACAGACAGAUGAUGUGGUUAUUUACGCAAGGCCAUGCAAACGCAUAAUCAAUGUUCCACCGUGUCCUUGAGAUGAAAAAAAAAAAAAAAAUCUCUACCUUUACCUUUAUUGUUAAUGCAAAUCUAAAACCAAAAUGUAACUCAUUUGAUACUGGAAGUCUAAAUUUAAUGUGUAAAAAUUUUUGCUGUACAUAUGUAUAGUCUUAAAAUU